AGCAAAAGCAACUGUGCAUUAAAUUCAAAUUAAGGAAGAUGUGGUCUGCUAAGAAGUGGAAAUCAGCACUUCAGGCUUUAUCAUUUCUACUAGUACUCUUCCUUCAUCGUCAAGCUUCAGCCGAUUAUAAUUGGGUCGUGAAAGAAUCCACAUAUACAAGGCUGUGCAGCACUAAGUCAAUAUUGACAGUUAAUGGAAAAUUUCCGGGACCAGUUUUACGAGCUUAUGCAGGAGAUACGGUCUAUGUCAAUGUUCAUAACAGAGGCAGAUACAACAUCACUAUUCACUGGCAUGGAGUCAAGCAACCGAGGAAUCCAUGGUCUGAUGGUCCUGAAUACAUCACACAAUGUGGUAUUCAACCGGGUGGGAGUUUCAGGCAGAAGAUCAUAUUUUCUAUUGAGGAAGGAACCCUUUGGUGGCACGCUCAUAGUGAUUGGUCCCGGGCGACGGUUCAUGGACCAAUUUUUGUCUAUCCAAAACCAGGAACUAGCUACCCUUUUCCCAAGCCCCAUGCUGAGGUUCCCAUAAUAUUAGGUGAGUGGUGGAAAAGUGAUGUAAUGGAGGUACUUGAUGAAUUUGUUAGAACCGGAGGAACUCCCAAUGUUUCUGAUGCUUACACCAUCAAUGGUCAACCAGGAGACCUCUAUCCUUGCUCAAAAUCAGAAACAUUCAAACUCUCUGUGGACCAAAACAAGACCCAUCUGCUCCGAAUAGUCAACGCUGCCAUGAACAGCAUCCUUUUCUUCUCAGUCGCAAACCAUAACCUGACGGUGGUCGCAGCAGACGCAGCCUACACCGCGCCAAUCUCAACACCCUACAUCACAAUAUCUCCUGGACAAACCAUUGAUGCCCUGUUGUUCACAGACCAACAACCUGGUAGUUAUUACAUGGCUGCUAGGGCUUACCAAGGUAACCUAGCGAUUGGUUUUGACAACACCACAACCACAUCAAUAGUUGAAUACAAAGAUGGCAAUGGAAAUGGUAAAACUCCUCCAUUAUUUCCCUACCUUCCUUACUAUAACAACACGAAUGCAGCCUUUGGCUUUUUCAAUAGCCUUAAAAGCCUAGCCAUUAACCAAACCGAUGUCGUAAAAACCACCACCACUCGAAUGGUUUCAACAGUAUCGGUGAACACACUCCCUUGCCUUGGAAAUCAAACCUGUGAAGGACCCAAUGGGACGCGAUUAGCUGCCAGUAUGAACAACAUAAGCUUUGUGGAUCCCAGAGUAGAUAUAUUACAAGCUUACUAUUACUAUAUCAAAGGGGUUUAUAAAGAGGGUUUCCCAGAUUUUCCACCGUUGAUUUUUAACUUCACAGCUGAGGACUUCCCUCUGAUAUUGGAAAUACCAGAGAGGGACACAAAGGUGAAGGUUUUGGAAUAUGGAUCGGAUGUGGAAAUUGUUUUUCAAAACACAAAUUUAGUGGCUGGGAUAGAUCAUCCCAUGCAUCUUCAUGGCCAUAGCUUCCACAUUGUUGGAACUGGCUUUGGGAAUUUUGAUGUAAAAAAGGACCCAUUGAGCUUCAAUCUUGUUGAUCCUCCUCUUAGGAACACAGUUACUGUGCCCUUAAGUGGAUGGGCCGCUAUCAGAUUCAAGGCCAGAAAUCCUGGAGUGUGGUAUUUACACUGUCAUCUUGAACGUCACCUAACAUGGGGAAUGCACACCGUCUUCAUCGUAAAGAAUGGAAAACACCCAAAUGAAACGUUGCUGCCUCCGCCACCAGACAUGCCGCCGUGUUGAAAAUUUGGCUAAACUAGCUUACUAGUGUCUCCAUGGUCAUGCAUGGUGUAGUAUAUAUCUGAGCAAUGAAAUAUGAUGUUACAUAAAUAAUAACGUAUCCUUUCAAAAAAAAUAAAUUAAAACGUAUUAUUUAAGUUG